UCGCGUAUAUUUCAAGACAAUAACCAUGUACAUACAUGUAUGAUAAAUCCCAACAAACAUGUAUCAGUAUGUAUUCUCGCAAUCGCCAAUGCUUAUCUGUUUACCUGCGUUAAAUAAACACAAGACCAUCUUUUUGUGUCAUGUGUCAUUGAUUGUUGCUAGUGUUAGCCAAAUUACCGACUUUAUCAAAAAAGGCCAUUAUUAUUCUAUUUGAUCUUAACAGUUUUCUUAUUUGAAUUAGAGAUAUCGCUCUGAAUUAAAUUUUCAUCCAAUGUUUACUUUCCUAUUUUCCGUUUAGUUUACCUGAGUUUCUAUUUUGAUAUUUACAAUGGUAGAAUUCGAAUUUAUAAAAAUUGCUCUUACACCGAGUUACGACCUGGAACAAUGGACACAUUUAAAAAGAUAAUUUAUUUAACGGUUUAAAACGAUAAGUGGGGUAGGUAAAAGGGCCACGCUCACCGAAGCGGUGAUUGCAUUGCAUUUUUUGGUACUAAGGUCGACGUUUUUGGUGAAAGUAAUUUCGUGUUUUCUCAAGCAUUGGAUAAAUAAUUUAGCAUAUCCUUGGUAUAUUAGGGUCUCAAGAUGGAUAGAUGAAAAAAGGAUGUGAUUAAAGUUUGUUUUAAAAAAAUGAAACGAAAACAAUUUCAACGUGAAAACUCGCCAUAUUAGCAACGAGGAAACCCGAGUGAAAUUUUUUACUGACAUUCUAAACGGAUAUAAAGACGAAAAAUGGCAGGAUGAGCAGCUCUCGGAGGUCCUCGUCCAGUGAGUAUGUCCAGCAUCGUUUGUACACAAUCAACAGGUCGGGGUCCGGGGAGGCCUUCUACAUCCUCCUGACCCCGGACCACAACGACGUAAAGACCUACCAGGUCAAGACAGAGCAGUGGAGAGCCACCAAGGACAUCAGUAACUUUGGGGUGGCAGUCGUUAAUAACUUCCUCUACAUCAUUGGAGGAUUCAACGUGGCAACCGCCAGACACAUAAAAAGAGUCGUCAGAUUCGAUCCAGAUGAUGGCAUAUGGAAAGACGUGAAACCUCUUCGGAUAGCGCGCUCUAAGUUCUCCACUGCUGUACUGGAUGGGAAGAUCCUAGUACUAGGUGGAGAAGAGAGCAAUGGUAAAGUGUUGUCUUCCUGCGAGCUGUAUGACCCAGAGGACAAUGAAUGGUCGGACGCACCCCCUCUAGUGUCCCCUCGGGCCAACCAUGCUUGUGUGGUACACCACAACGAAAUAUAUUGCGCAGGGGGCUACUAUGGCAGCAAGAGUCACAGAAAUAUUUGGACAUAUGAGGGUAAGCGGUGGGAGGACCUGGGAAGACCCUACCCACAUCAACUUCCGGAGGCUAUGGACAGAUUUGCCAUGACAACCGUGGGUAGACAUAUUUACUUCGUUGGAGGUGUUGUUUGCACCAUGGACAAAGAGGAAAGGAAGCAGAAAUUUGUGACGGAUCGGCGGAUCGUGUCCUACACGACUAGUGUCUCCGCCAUGUCUCGCACGGAACUGAUGGAGCCGGAAGAAGACGAAGAUACGGACGACGAAAAACCCGUCCUGGUGUCGGACUUUAUAUCUCCGUGGAACUUAGCUCUUCCCAAUAUGUCGUUCGGUAGACACAGUCAUGGAAUUGCAGCAAUUGGAAGUCGUAUUUUUGUGAUGGGAGGAUCUCUUCUGGAAACUGGUCAACAGGUUCGUGUUGUAGAGGUGUUUGAUACCGAGAAGGGGGAGUGGGAGGAGGACUUCCGCUUCCGGAAAGGUGAUGUGUCCAAUGUAACAUGUGCAAUUUUAGAAGUUCCCUACAAACAAGAGGAAAAUCGACUAAAUGAACGUUUACGAUGGAUUCUGUGGUAGAUUCCAGUGAAAUAGUUCCCUGUACUAUUACAAUGCUAGAAAUCCAUGGAUGAAUAGGACUAGAUGUUGUACAGUGUAGAUUCUUAUAUUUUUUGAAAAAGUUGCAUUUUAUAAAUCUAGUUGCAAAGAUUAAGAUGAGCUUGUUCAAUGAUAGUUCGUUUAGUGCUUUUGAAAAGUAUUUGUUCAUAAUUGUCAUUGAUUAUUUAUACAUGAUAUAUUAAUAAAAAAAAUCACUUUUUAUGC